CCGACAGGAAACAGAAGUGGGCUUUCUUUUCCGUCGGUCGUGCCUGAGGCAGCGAGGGACCGACGUGGUCGAGUGGUUUACGGGCUUGAGAAACCCUCGUCUUGUUCAGGCUAGCGCCCUUGCUGAAGCUGUUGAGGUUUCCCCACAUGGGCUCCCGAAGCGUUCUAGGGAGUGUGCCCCUAUGACGUCAGGUGUCUGGCACAAGCCGUAGCGUCGGGGUGCAGCACCUCAGCAGUGAGAGAUACCUAGGUAGUGGCUCAAGGGUGGGCUUUAGUGAAGCGAGCGCAAUGGCAUGGCGGGUACCAUAACUGAUAAGCUGGAAAGAGAAAGAGCCAAGCUUGUGGUGGCGCUGCCUGGGCCGGGCAAGGAGGAGUAUGGCACCAUUGUAUGGCUCGAGGGCUGGUCAUUCGGUAGCAACGGUGUAUUGCCAGGCCAGGCGUGGAACCGGUUGUAUGAGGUGACCGUCGUGUUUGUCGUCAGCUCAGUCCCUCCUACCUGGCCUGCCCGUCGCAUGUCGGCUUGUCCGAGUUUGUCGACGACGGUGUGCUCAAGUGGCUUUUCGAUGCCGAUCUGCAAGGCCGGGCUAGAGUGUGAUCUGGAGACGGACAGGGCUCAAAGCCAGGGGCCGGGUGCAAGCAAGCCCAGCAGCAACCAAUGGCAAUGGUGGUCGCGACGAUCCUUGAGCGAUGGCUGUUUCGUCGAGGUGGCGCUUUCGAGAGUUGAGGCCUUCCCUCGUGGCAACAACCAACCCGAUGGGAAAACCUUGGCAAGGCUCUUCGGCCCCCGACGAGAACCUAGCACAUAA